GAUGCCAAAGACAAACUCAGAAAUUAUAGAGAAGAUCAAAGUAGAAAAAGUGAAGAAGUGGUAGAACUGUGGAAAGAAUUUUUGUCUGCUUCCAAACAUAAACUUGGCAAUGAGGAAUGGGUUUUGGUUGAACAAGUCUGCAUUGCUGCUUGUGAUUGUGGUGACUUGAAAGUCGCUCAUGAGUGCUAUCAAAUCUUGAAGCAACAGUUUUCAGGCAGUUUGCGUGUCGCCUAUUUGCACGGCUUAAUUCUUGAAGCAGAUGGAUGUUUUGAAAAAGCUGAAGAAUUAUACACAGACUUGUUAAAACAGGAUGAAACAAAUUCUCUUGCCAGAAAAAGAAAAAUUGCUUUACUUAGAGCUCAAAACAAAAUUGCUGAAUCAAUAAAAGAAUUGGCGGAGUAUUUACAAAGAUACAUGAGCGACUUUGAAGCCUGGUUAGAAAUGUGUGAUUUGUAUCUGUUGGAGAUGGACUAUGCGAAAGCAGCUUUUUGCAUGGAAGAAUUGUUGCUUGCAAAUCCCUACAACCAUUUACUGCAUCAAAAAUAUGCUGAAAUUAAAUAUACUCAAGGAGGAACAGAUAAUAUGGAAAUAUCCAAAAAGUAUUUUGCACAAUCGUUAAAGUUAAAUCCAAACAACAUGAAAUCACUAUUUGGUUUCUAUAUGGCUUCUACACAUUUAUGUCAAAAAAAUGUUGCUAUAAAAUCAAAAAAGGAUAAAAAUUUUGAGUAUGCAAGCUUUGCCUGGAAAAACAUUGUCAAAAAAUAUCAGGUUUAUUUGUCUUUCAAACAAAAUAUUUUUCAUUAA